AUGGAGUCUCUUCCAGACGAUUUGGUGGUGGAGAUUCUUGGCCACGUUGCAUCGUCAUCGCUAAGUGAUCUGUUCAAUGCAAAAUUAUCGUGUUCAUCAUUUAAAGAACUCGCAGAAGAGAAGUUGAUUCUGAGGAGUGUUUCACUUGACACAAAAGCUAGUUGGAAGAACCCCAAGAAGUAUGCUAGCUACUUUAGCGAUUGUCUCAUGGCUGAAAAUCCCCAUGCUUGCUAUCUCCAAGGCUUGGGUGACUACUUCAGUGAGAAUCGGAUUGAUUCGGGUCUUGAGCUAUUACAGAAGGCUGUGAGUUUGGGACAUCAAGAGGCGACAUAUUUGUUAGGACUUAUAUGGUUCAGUUGUGAAGCAACAGAGCUCCAAGGAAUACAACUUCUCAACAGAUUAGAUAAUGCUAAGUUCAAGGAUGCAAAUUUUGAAGAAUGUCAACGAAGAUUGAAGAAGAAUCUGAGGGAAGUGUUUCUGAACAAGAGGUUAUGUCGUAGAGUGAUUCCAUGCACAAAACCUAACUGUAGGAACAAUGGAACAAGUGGAGUCUUGAGAAGGGGAGAGUGGACAUGGGAAGACAGAAGGGACAACAAUAAUAGCUUCUGCUGUCAAAGCUGUAAAUGGGUUAUUGAAUUAAAUAGGUUCUGUGAUGAAUUUUUUUAA